AAAAGCCUGUUUCGGCGGUGGAACUGAGCUGUGGUGCUGGGCCCAGCCAUGUGAUUCUGGAGCUAGGUUUGCCACUUUUGCUGGACUGCAACCUGGGGUCCAGCGACACUCCUUUCAAUGUCACCUGGUUCAAGGAUGGCCAGCUCCUGCCGCAGGCGCCGGGAGAUCGCCUGCGGUAUUUGACCAACGGAUCCCUCCUGUUGUCGCCCACUUCUGCAGACAGCCAGCCUCCCCAGAACGUAGAGGGCAGUUACAGCUGCGUGAGUGCCAGCGCCAUCGGAGCCCUGACCAGCCGGACUGUCAACGUGCUGCUUGCAAGUCUGUCCAGCUUCUCUGAGGAGCCGUCACCACAAACAGUGACCACCGGGGGUUCUGCUCGGUUUGAGUGCCAGAUUGAGGGAGUACCCACACCUGUCAUAACAUGGCAAAAAGACCAAGUGACUAUCACCGACGAUACGAGCAACAGGUUCAUUUCUCUUCCUAAUGGGGUGCUGCAGAUUCUGAAGGUGACUAAAGAGGAUGAGGGCCUCUACCGUUGUGUUGCAUCCAAUUCUGCCAGGAAGAACGUCAGCAGCGAAGCUAGACUCAUUGUCACGACAGGCUCCAUUGACAGCCCAGGCCCAGUUGUGAUUGUUGCGCCACCCCAGAAUGCCACGGUGGUGCUCGGCCAUCCUGCUGUGAUGGAGUGUGUGGCACAAGGCCAGCCAAAACCACUGGUGUCAUGGAGCAGACAAGACGGAAAGCCCAUUUCCACAGACGUGAUCGUCCUGGCAACAAACCUGGUGAUUAGGGACACGAGGCGUCACCAUGCCGGCGUCUACGUCUGCCGAGCCAACAAGCCCAAAACUAGAGAGUUUGUCUUUGCUGCUGCUGAGCUGCACGUUGCUGCCCCUCCGGUGAUUGUGCACUCCCCGGAGUCUGUGUCCCUCUCCAGGGGGAACACCGCCAGGUUUCUGUGCAACAGUUCUGGGGAGCCAUUCCCAGUGCUGCACUGGCUGAAGAACGGCCAGCCCAUUAGGUCCUUCAGGCGGAUGAAGGUGCAAAGCCCUGGGGUCCUGCUCAUCAACCAGCUGGCUCUGGAGGACGCGGGCUACUAUCAGUGCAUCGCUGAAAACGGGCUCGGGACAGCCUGCGCCACGGCCAGGCUGACGGUCAUCGUGAAGGAAGGUCUCCCCAGCCUCCCUCGCCACCUGACUGCUACGCCGCACUCCAGCACAACAGCCCUGCUCUCCUGGGAGAAACCCGAAUACAACACAGACCAAAUCAUUGCCUACUCCGUGCACUACCAAUUCACUGCAGGGUCAGAUAUUCAGGACUCUUCGUUUGCAGUUAGCAACGACACCACAGAGUAUCUCGUCAAAGAGCUCCUCCCCCAUACUGCCUACACUUUCUUUGUGGUGGCGUAUUCGCCCAUGGGAGCCAGUCCUCCAUCGCUGCCUAUAACCAUAGAGAUGCUUGAGGACGUUCCUAGCGCACCUCCUCAGCUCUCCGUCGCCAGCACGUCCCCCACUGACAUCAGGCUGGUGUGGCAGCCGCUGACUUCCCAGCACAGCCGAGGGGCCGUUACCCGCUACCGCGUCGAUUACAGUGCGCUGGAUCAGAAGGACACUGUGUUCUCAGUGGAGCUGAGAGGCAACGAGACUCAGUUCACGCUCAGGGAGCUGCGCCCAAACCAGGUUUACCGACUGAGGAUAGCAGCUGGAACCGCUGUGGGCUUCGGCGUUCCGUCUGAGUGGGUCCAGCAGCAGACAGUAGUUCGCAGCGGCCCCAGUGACAACAGCACAGUGAUUUUUGCUCCUUCUGAGCUGAAGGUCAGAACCAGAGUGACCACUCUGAAUGUGACAUGGCAACCCUCACCAAAUCACACGCUGGUUUCUGGCUACAAGCUCUCCUAUCGGGAAGCAGAAACCGACAGGUUCACCACCAGAGACAGAACGCCGCACACACACACCAUCAGGCUUCGGAAGAAGGCGAGGCAUCACCUGCUGACGGGGCUCGUUCCUGACCGGCAGUAUGAGGUGAGGGUCUGGGCAUUCGACAAGCAAAAAGAUGGAGCAGCUGCAGUGUGGAAGGGAAGGACGGAUAAGAUCCAUGGAAGACCUUCUGGGCCGUCCUCGUCUCCUCCGCUGCCGCCCAGCAGCGUCCAAGCUACGGCCAACAGCUCCACCUCCGUCUGGCUCCGAUGGGAGAAACCUCGGUUCAUCAACGUGCGCAUCAUCAACUACACAGUGCGCUGCAGCCCAGCAGGAACCACCAACGCCUCUCUGGUCUCUUAUUACACCAGUUCUUCUUUGGAGAUCCUGCUCAGGGGACUGAGGCCUUUUACCCACUAUGAACUGGCAGUGCGGUCUAAUGGAGUGAACAUUGCAGGACCCUUCAGCAGCACCGUGGUGGAGGCCACCCUGCCUGACCGGCCGUCCACACCACCUGAGGAGCUGCAGCUGAGAGCUCUGAACUCCUCGUCUGUGCUGGUGAGCUGGCGCCCUCCGCUGGAGCCAAAUGGCAUCAUCGUCAGCUACAGGAUCUUGUACACCGUCAACCUGAGCGAGCCUGAAGACGAGUGGAGGAAUCUCUCUGAGGAUGGGGGCAUCUUUAGUGUGGAGGUCCGCGGUUUGUCAGGGGGAACUCGGUACUUCUUUAAAGUGGGAGCUUCCACAAAAGUGGGAUCAGGGCCUUUUUCACCCGUUGUGGAUAUUCAGACUCCGCUGCCCACGUACGAGCUGGACAUUCAUGCAGUCACAGGCAUCAUAGUCGGUGUUUGCUUGGGACUUAUUUGUAUCCUCCUCUGUAUGUGUUUCAGCUUUCGAAACAGCAAACCCAGAGAGCUGUCUGGAGGCCUGAGCUCCACAGCCGUGACUCCUCAGUGCAGGAAAGGCGGCUGCCCUGCUCCAGCCAGUGGGCCCGAGUGCAGCGAUAGCCACGAACUGGAGACGCUGAUGCCUUCAGGCACCCAGGAGUCGGGUCAGCAGCCGACAAAAGACCCGGAGGAACAGAGUCUGAUGAUUGCUUGGAAUGGCUCUGUGAGUCAUAACUGGGUCAACAGGAUCACACGAUACAGAGACACCAUAACAGACGAGUCUCCAGCGCUGAUUAAUGGAGCGCUCAGCAUGUUCAUUACUGCGACCGGCAUGGAAACAGAUGAUCAUCUCUCCACGUCUCUGUGCAGUAACCAGGUGGAGGCAGAAGUCAUUGUGCACUCUGAGUUGUCAGACCCCAGUGGGAGGGAGAAGGAGGAGGGCAGCGAGCGGGAUUCUAACGCCACCCGGGGGCCGUCGUUAUCAGAGGACCUGUAUUCCCCUCUGAGUCGGCCGAGUUCACCGAGAGAAGAGGUGGAGCACCUCCAAAACCUUUCGGCAGCUGAAAGUCCCCCGAGUCUUCCCUCAAGAACAUUGACGGCUCGUCACAGUGAGGAGGCAGAAGGCACCAGGCGACAGCAGAAUGGCGACAGGGAGCCUCAGCCGGACACACGCCUCACCAAUGGUUUCCACUCUCCUAAGACUCCGAGGCCGAUGCUGAAACCUGAGCAUCUGGAAAUGGAGGACUCCAGACACUGCCCGUCCGCUGCAGGGAAGGCUAUCUCUGCCGGACUACCUUCUGCACCCUUCGUCAGCCCCGGCUUUGUGCACUCUACCUCAGCUGCUCACAUAUAUCUGUGCCCUUAACUUUCAUCCACGCAGGGACAUUUCAGACUGUUUUUUUUUUGUUGUUUUUUCUUUUUCCAGGAAGAAUCCAUGAAAAAAAAAUAUUUUUAUGUACAUUAUCACUGGAAUUCUUUCUCUUCCUUGCAUAGUUUUAUAGGUACUUUGAAUCCAUCAUUUCACAUAUGUGUAUACAUAAGAAGUGUUUUCUUUCUUUUUUUUUGUAGAGGUCCAGAACUGUUUCAGGUUCUACAUCUUUGUGGAUUCUUUCCAGAUCACAAAAAGAAGAUGAGAAAGUUUGAAUACAAGUAGAGCAGAAGCUGAGUGAAGUCGCCCCCCCACCCCAACUUCUUCAAAUCAGACAAAACUGGUGUCCAUCAACUCGACUACAUUUGUGCUGGUUUGUGCAGCUAAAGUUUUUGUUUAUGCUGCUUUGGCUUUGAAGAUAUUAAUGAAAGUUUAAAGGUCAAAAGGUCAACCAGCUCCUCUUCUCCCCUACUUUUACUAAAUCAAAAUAAAAUUAAACUUUCAUUAAUAUCUUCAAAGCCAAAGCAGCACAAACAAAAGUCUUUGCAAACCAGCACAAAUGUAGUCGAGUUGAUUGACACAAUUUGAAGAAAGGGGAGGUGCAGGUGCUAGUUGACCUUUCGUGACCCCUGGAAACAUUUCUUAAUAUCUUUAAAAUGAUAUCGGCACAAAUGAUAAUUUUUGCUGCACAAACGUUUGAGGUGGGGGUCAACUUCACUCAGGUCAGAGCAGAAGGGAGUGAAUUAUAGAUGGGCACUUCCUGUUGUUGGCGUUCCACUCGGGGAGGACAUUACAACAGGAAGUGAUGUAGUAAUUGGACGGGGUUUCAUCAGCUGUGUCAGGGUGUGUUGCUUCAUUGAUAUCCCCACAAUGUGUCGUUGAGAAAUGAGCCUUAAAGAGUAUUCACUAAUGUCAGAGUGCAGAACACCCACAUCCUGUAGACUCAGGGUCCAAACACUCACACAGGGAUUCUAGCUAGCGCUGGUCCUGUGUACCGUAUACAAACAUUUCCUGAGUGGAGAGUGGAGGGUACCGGGGGGGGGGAGAUUCUUUGGUGCUUUAAUAUUUUAGUUGCAUUUAUAACCUGUGUAUAUUUUCUAUUCGGUGCAAGUACAAACCAUGUCAGAGUGAAGUGAACAAGGUUCGGUAGAUGUGGAGCCACAUGUCCAUUUGGGAGAGUGGGGGGGGAACUAGGUUUUUUUUACUAGUUAUCAGAGGGGCUAUCUUGUGUUAACAUCAGAGUACCUCAAUGUUGACAACGGUUGCAUUUAAGCUGGAGGGAAAACAAAGGGGAGAUUUCACAGCAAUCCAUGCAGACCACCCUCCUGAUUUAGCUCGGCAGGGAUGCACCUCUGUCCAUACUGAUGUCAGAACGCUGUUACACAAAAAGUAAAACUCUUCCAACGAGGCUGGUUGAUGGCUUAAAAAGUGUUUGCCCCUUUGCAGAUUUUUUUUUUUUGUUUGUCUUGCUUUUGUUUUUUUGUCAUAUUUAAAUGUUUCAGAUGACCAAAUUUAAUGUAGUGUGUUCACUACAAAAUCGUAGUGAAUACAAAAGGCUUUUUUUUAAUUUUUUUAAAUUAAAAUUUAGUGAAAGUCAAUUUAGCUCUUUUGGAGGGUUUUCGAACAUGAACAACGUGUUUAAGGUCACACAGCAGGAUCUGUGAAUACGACACGUGUGAUGUUACUUAAACCAAAUGCUGUUUUAGUUUUAUGUCAGACAUACUAGGAAGCUCAUCCUCCAGAACUGUCCAGAGUUUUUCCAUCUGUUCCAAAAUGUUUUUUUUUUUCUUUCCUGAGAAUGGGGUUGUAAGUUUGAAUUCCUUUUGAUCAGCAUAUGAUAUGAAACUCUUACAUGAAUUCAAAUUUCACCUGGUUUUUCUUAUUGUUGGAAGACAAAGAUCCACCUUAACUCCUGCGGAGGUUUGCCACCGUUUCAUGUUUUGUCCAUUUUGUGGAUAAUGGCUCUGACUAGGGAACAAAAGCCUCAGAAAUGGCCUUGUAACUCCAACCAGACUGAUGGUUGUCAGUCUGGUUGUAAGUUACUCAGUCAGUAACUUUGCAAUCUGUUCUUGAAUUUAUUCAGGCAGGAUUUGUUUUUAAAACCAUUUAUCCUACUUCACGUUGUGGGACAGGUUCUGUUUGACUGAUCUUUUGGUUCUUCUAGCUUUAAUUUGGCCUGUUAAAGGCCAGACGAUACAUAAUAACAAUAAUAGUUCAAACUUAAGUAGUGCUUUUUAGGAAACUCAGAGACGCUUAACUCAUGACUUUACAAGGAGGGCGGGUUGUAAUGGAUAACUGUCCCCCUCUGAAUAAAAGGAUUUGUCAUUUGAAAACUCCUCUUUAGAUUAUGUGCAAUUGAUUUGGUAAUCUGAAACAUGCAAGACUGACAAAAAGGUAAGAAAAAAAAGACAUCUAUAAGGGAGCUAAUAUUUUUUUUAGAGCAAAAUCUAUGGAAAAAUGACCCCAGUUUUUGUAUUUAUGCUCAUGUGAUUUUGAAUAAAAACAUGUUGAAAAUAUUUCUUGUAUUUUCGGUCCGAUUCAUUUUGAUGUCAUUAUUGGUCGGAGCAGUGUUCACAAGGACUGGUGCAUCCCUCUUUUCUUUUUUUGUUUUGUCUCAACGUCACUACCUCAUUUCUUUUCUGAAGGGUUGUUCUGCUUGUUUUACCCUUAACUGGCGCCUUUAUACGACAAUUUUUCUAAACUCGUCUGACUCUCGGUGCAAACAGAAAGCAUCGGACGGCGACUCUGCGGUCGUGCUUUUAUAUCGAAACAAGGAAUGUAUGCCCUUUAGCCAUUUGUGGAUUUUGUCUCUCUGUGUAAAAGUUCCCUGUUGCAUUUUCUGUGCUCAACCAAAAGCCUUCGUACUCGGUGGAUACUUCGUCAGACCUGAAUGUUUGCUUCAGACGUUUUCGUGGAUGUGGGCAUGAGAUGUUUGUGAGUUUUUGACAGUUCUGCAGCUCAACACGUCAAUAGCUGCAGCUGGUGUCAUUGUUUUCUGUCUUCUGUAUCACAGCUUUCAGCUGCUUCCAUUCUGCCCUUUAUUAUAAAUAGACUUUCUGAAGGCUAGAAAUUGUAUGAUUUGAUUUGAGAGAUCUUUUUUUUUUUUUUUUUUUAUACUUGUGAUGGAAAGAAGGUGGAAACUUUGGUUUGUACAACUGUAAAUAGAUAUUAUAACUUACCAUCUGUAAUUCUUAUACAAAAAGGAUACAAUAAGUUUGUAUACUUUUUUUUGGUAACACAAGUUGCUUAGUAACAAGUAUGACCUUCUAAAUUAAAACUUGGAAAUCUGUAACAGUCCACACAGGUCCUUACAAAAAUAUUCCGUCUUUUCACUUUUUGACACUUUACAGCCACACACACUUCAGUGUGUUGACCUUGGAAAAAUGAACAGUCAACACUAGUGUAAUUAUAUAAAUUAAGUGGAAAGACAAAUGAUUAAAAAGGGGGUCUUUUUACCAACAAAAUGUGAAAAAAGGGCAUGUGCUCGUAUUCAGUACCCUUUAAUCUGAUGCCACAAAAUAAAGUAUACUUGUGGCGUUCCACAAGGAUGAGUACUGGGACCACAUCUGGUCGUUUUGCACAUAAUUGAUUUUCACAGAUUAUAUGACAUCCUGAUAAAAUAUAGCCACUGAUUUCCUUCAGAAGUUAACAAAUUAGUGAAUUGUCCAUGUGUGAACUUUAAUUUUGUAUAAAUCCAGUUGUUCGGUGAAGAAAAUGACUCGAGGUCAGAGAGAAAAUUGUGGAGAAGUUUAGGUUUGCCGUUUUUAGUCAUAGAACUUUAAAAACAAAACAAAAAAAAACUAAUUGAAAUUUGUAGUGUGCCAAUUUCUGCUGCUGUGUCACGUAAAAUCCCAAUUAAAUAUGGUGAAGUUUGUGGCUGUAACGUGGCAGAAUGUGAGAAAGUUCAAGUUAUUGCUUGUCUUCUUUCCAAUGGUUUUCUAAUUAAGCCAGACCCAAGCUUCCCUUUCUUUCCUUUCUCUGUUUCUGCACGUUUCUGUGCAGCUGUGACAGUCUAACAAGCUCAACCCAAAUUAUUACAUGUUCCAGAAGCACCUCAGCGUGUUUCCAUCAGCAAAACACUGUUUCCUCUAACACCUAACCUUUGUCAUCUCAGAUACAGCGUUAGUACAUUUCGAAGAAGUCUAUUCUUUUAUUUCUUGCUUUCCAGUGUAUAUUUGUGAUUGUGUUUUAUUUUCUCUGUAGUUAAUUUAUCGACAGAAAUGAAUGUUCUCGAGUGAUUAAUUGCAACGUGCAGGAGUGAGGGGAUCAUUUAUAUAUAUAUAUAUAUAUAUAUAUAUAUGAACUCACGGAAAUACUGCUGCAAUUGAACAAAUUGAAGUGCCAAGCCAGUUUCAUUUGCAGCCGAUCUUUGAUGUCACGGCAGAUUUGCAUCACUGGCUAACUAAAAAGUCAGCUGUGAACAAAUUGACAGGAGGCGGGCGGGGUGGGGGGUUGUAGCGUGUCGACAGCAAUAUGCCUCGUGUUAUGAUGAUGUGCUCUGUCUGAAAGCUAAGGCAAACCAGUGGAGCCGUGCUUGUGUCGUAUCGCCCUUGGAGAUUUCUGAAUCCUGUAAAAUCAUCCUAAAAAGACUGAAUAUCUCAAAACCAUUCCAGCAUUACUCUCAGCCGUGAUUCGUCAUGGUAAAUUAGCAAAGGUGCUAAAAGUUCCUAUUUUAUGUUGUUGAAGGAACAUGAAUUCACUCCCCUUCUUCCCUCAGUGUAUUUUGAGCAAGUUUAGUCCCUGUAGUCGGGACUUUGACUAAAUGCUUUACAUAGAGAACUUGUUGAGCAUGUUCUCCCCGACUCAGACAUUUUCAGUCUGUUUCUUGACUUGCAACAGCCUUUAUUAUCAGAGGUAAAUAUUCCAAACUGCUCCUGCGGUUGCUUUUGUGUACGUUUCUUUCCCAUCAACAAAUGUAAACUGGCAAUAAAAAAAAUAAAAAAACCCCAGCUUGGUUACAAAGAAUAGAUUUCCUUGGCAGAAUUUCACAAAAUGCUUUUUAAAAGUGACACUGAAGACAAAACUAUGAAUUUUGAGUUAAUGAGUUCAGCAGAAGAGGUAGAAAGUAUUGAAUGGAUCAAGUGGAAAUUGUAAAAAUGUGACUUUUUUUUUUUUAAUCAUUGAUCUGGUUGUAAUGAACCCCAAACUAUGAUGGAUCCAGCUGUGAACAGCAAAUAUGAAUUCUUAACUUUAACUUCCAGGAACCUGUUAAUAUUUCAUUUUCUGUGUUGCCCUCUGACUUGCCUCUUGUUUUUGUUCAACAAUCCAAAUCUAAUGUGAAUUUGGCCAAUUUGACAGAAAAACAUCUGUCCAGCAGCUCAAUUAAUCAUUUUAAAAGU